GCUUGCGAGUCCCACAACAGCCUGCACCAGGGUCCUGCGCGAGAUGCGACAAGCCACUGUGCGCGGUCGGCGAAGACGGCGCGCGCGAGCGAACGCGUCGCCCUCCCUCCUCUCGUCUCUCGCCCGAACACUCGCUAGCCGCCAGCCAGUGCCGCGAUGAGCAUCAUCAACAUCAGCGAUGUCACCGUGCUCAACAACCCGGGCAAGUUCACCGACCCGUACCUGUUCAAGAUCACGUUCGAGUGCAUGGCCCCGCUCCAGGACGACCUCGAGUGGAAGCUCACGUACGUCGGGAGUGCCGAGAACGAUUCGUACGACCAGGAGCUCGACACGUGCAUGGUCGGCCCGGUCCCCAUCGGCGUCAACAGCUUCGAGUUCGAGGCCGCCGCACCUCUGCCCUCGCGCAUCCCGGCCUCGGACCUCAUUGGCGUGACCGUGAUCCUCCUCACGUGCUCGUACAACGACGCCGAGUUUGUCCGGAUAGGCUACUACGUCAACACCGAGUACGGCGACCCGGCCCUCAAGCAGCAGCACGACGCGUCGUUCGAGGAGGGCGCCGAGGAGAAGGGGCUCAAGGCGCCCGAUCCCACCCAGCACAUCGACGGCCUCGUGCGCAACGUCCUCGCCGACAAGCCCCGGGUCACCAAGUUCAACAUCCAGUGGGACACCCCGGCCGCCGUCCCGACCAUGUCGGCUGGCUCGCUCGACGCCCCGGCAUCGCAAGCGCUCGGCGAAGCGCCCGCCGGCGCCGCUCCCCCUCCCCCGUUCAACCCGUACGCGACGGCCGCAUGACGACCUCGCUCUCGGACCUCUUCCUCGUCUCGUUUCCCUCUCUCUCUCCUGCAGUAGCCGACCGUCGCGCUCGGGCUUUUGUGCCGCGUUUGCAAGCCUCCUGUUGUUCAUCAUCU